AGUGGCAGGCUCCUUGCAUCAACAACACUUUCCAAGGGUGGAGUGCCCCGGUUACUGCCAACCUGACCAUCCCAGAGUGGGCUAGAGAUCACCCAUCAGGUAGAGCAAUCUUCCAUUCGGCUAUUAAUUGGCACUCAUCAUGGACACAGGAACUUCAUGGAGUCCGUCGGAGGCUAGCUAUCAGGCGUACAUUAACAGUCCCGACUGUUGUUCAGACCUGCCCCAUGGAUCAAGCCUUGGGGUGGUACAGAGACACGGCGACUUAUUAUGAAUUUCGCAAGUACCACGUUACAGCUCACGACGAGCAACCAAUAGAGGCCCACCAUACGCGCCUGAUUGGCUCAGGAGGACAAUUCUUCCCAUUGAAACCCCUGAAUAUGCCCACGAUUCCUCUUUCGAAUACAGUUCCAAACCCUGCGCCAACCUCUCGUCAUGAUAGCUACUCACAAUCAGCGUCGAGAUCCAUAUAUACGGGCGACGAUGGAACACGAAUGAAAGACCACGAUUUUAUCCACGUCACCAGUCCAGCUAGUCCUUCUUACGGUCAGGCAUGGCAGUUCACGUCGACGGAUGUGGGCAAUGCGGGUAGCGCUCAGCCUUAUUUGCCUUCCUCAGAUGAUCAGCAGACAGUGGAAGAGCGACAUGGUUUAGAAUCGAGUCGAAAAUCAGACAAGGAUGCG